UUUCUGAGUUGUAGCUCUGAAAGAUCAGCAGGUGGAUCUAGCUAGCAAUUGGGGGCGCCUUCAUGUCGGGCUAUCUUUCACCAAAAUCCUUCUUCAUCACCCUUGCUCUUGCAGUCUGCUUGUAUUCCAUAUCAAAUCAUCUGUUUGGAGAAACUGGGGUCAAGCCCGUCCCUCGGCGGCGGGGCACUCAGGUAGCCAGACCGGAGGUGGUGGAAGAAAGGCCCUUCUCUCUGCAAAAAGCUAUCCGAGAUCGAAUCCCCAUUGUAGAUACAAAGACUGAGGCUUUCAUGGCUGCGAAGUGGGUGCAGAAAACAGUGGUGCUGCCAGCGAAGAGCAGGGGCUGCCACCUUGUCACUGAUCAGGUGUUGAAAGAUCUGAGCGGGGAUCUGAAGCAGUUCCAGACAGGGCUCGCAAACUUUUUCCUACAGCAUACAAGCGCGUCGCUGACUGUCAACGAGAACUAUGACGAAGACGUUAGACACGACACCGAAACCUUCCUGAACACGGUCGUUCCCGAAGGCAAGAAGGCGCCCUGGCGGCACACGAUUGAAGGAUCAGAUGACAUGCCUGCACACAUAAAGGCGUCCAUGUUCGGGGCAUCGCUAAACAUUCCCAUCACGGACGGAAAAUUGAACUUAGGCACAUGGCAGGGCAUCUGGCUGUGUGAACAUCGAGAUCGGGGUAGUUCGCGUAAAAUAGUGGUUACCAUGCAGGGAGUUUGAUCAUCUUGGUAGCAGCGAUUGGUGACUCAGUUGGUUGUCGAGUUCACUGCCGAUUGUACAAAUGUUCGCAUUCAGACAUUUGUUGGAUCUUGAAGCUGUAGAGACAAGUCGUACUCAAGGGAAAGAUAUGACCGCAAGUACUUCUUCUUAGGGCAUGAGUCUGGUACGUAAGAGUUGGAGGGUGUUGGCUUGAGGACUCGGACAUGAAGUAACAUGUUUGCGGAGUUGGCAUACCUUUUCUAACGUCUUAGGUCUGUUCUGAGUUAGAUACCUCUUGAUGUGACAGAUCCUAUUCAAAAUGGCUUGCGAGCUCGUUAUCACAUUGCGAGCAAAAUAGGCCGCCGACGGUCGACUUAGAGCGGCU